AUGCACUGGGGGGUUGGCUUUGCCUCGUCCAGGCCGUGCGUGGUGGAUCUGAGCUGGAACCAGAGCGUCUCCUUCUUCGGCUGGUGGGCCGGGUCCGAGGAGCCCUUCUCCUUUUAUGGGGACAUCAUCGCUUUCCCUUUGCAGGAUUACGGUGGGAUCAUGGCAGGGCUGGGCUCCGAUCCCUGGUGGAAGAAAACCCUUUACUUGACCGGGGGAGCUUUGCUGGCCGCAGCUGCGUAUCUGCUCCACGAACUCCUGGUCAUUAGGAAACAGCAAGAGAUUGACUCCAAAGAUGCUAUUAUUUUGCAUCAGUUUGCAAGACCUAACAAUGGUGUCCCCAGUUUAUCUCCUUUCUGUUUGAAAAUGGAAACUUAUUUAAGGAUGGCUGACUUACCCUAUCAGAAUUAUUUUGGUGGAAAACUCUCUGCUCAAGGGAAAAUGCCUUGGAUUGAAUAUAAUCAUGAAAAAGUUUCCGGGACAGAAUUCAUAAUUGACUUUCUGGAAGAGAAACUUGGAGUGAAUUUAAACAAAAACCUUGGUCCUCAUGAACGAGCCAUCUCCAGGGCAGUGACUAAGAUGGUGGAGGAGCAUUUCUACUGGACCUUAGCUUAUUGCCAGUGGGUGGACAAUCUCAAUGAGACCCGGAAGAUGCUCUCUCUUAGUGGUGGCGGUCCCUUCAGUAACCUGCUGAGGUGGGUCGUGUGCCACAUAACGAAAGGAAUCGUGAAACGCGAGAUGCAUGGCCACGGCAUUGGCCGCUUCUCCGAGGAGGAGAUUUACAUGCUGAUGGAGAAGGACAUGCGGUCUUUAGCAGGGCUUCUGGGGGACAAGAAGUACAUCAUGGGGCCCAAGCUCUCCACCCUCGACGCUACUGUCUUUGGACACUUGGCCCAGGCAAUGUGGACCUUACCUGGGACGAGACCUGAACGGCUGAUUAAAGGUGAGCUGAUCAAUCUGGCUAUGUACUGUGAGAGGAUAAGGAGAAAAUUCUGGCCCGAGUGGCACCACGAGGAUGACAACACCAUCUACGAGUCAGAGGAGAGCAGUGACGGGAGCAAGACACACACGCCCCUGCUGGAUUUCAGCUGUUACUCAAGGACAGAGACCUUUGAAGACGAGGGAGCAGAGAACAGUUUUUCCAGAACCCCAGACACAGAUUUCACUGGACACUCGCUCUUUGACUCCGACGUGGACAUGGAUGACUACACAGACCACGAACAAUGCAAGUGA